GUUCCCCAAUAUUUACUUCAAAAUGGUUACGUUGGUAUAGCUUGUACACAACCACGUCGAAUCGCUUGUACCGCAUUAGCACGUCGAGUUGCUUAUGAAACCCUUAAUGCCUAUGGAAGUGAAGUGGCAUAUCAAAUAAGUUUAUUUUACUUCACUUUCCCGAGUCACAUACCAGCGAUUUUGUUAGGUUUGAAACUACGAAAUCCAAAACGAACGAAAAUGCUGUUCCUGACCGAAGGCUUGUUGCUCCGUCAGAUGGAAAAUGAUUCUCUCCUCCAACAGUAUAACGUAGUAAUACUUGAUGAAGUGCAUGAGCGUCAUCUGAGCAGUGACUUACUCAUUGGACUUCUUCGCGAUCUGAAUUGGAAAGAGAGAUGA